AUGUAUGUGGGAGGAACUGAGCAUGAGCUCCAACUUGAGUGUCACUUAGGAUGUUUCAGAGUCAGUCUGAAAGAGACAAUUUCAAUUCCACCAAGGAGUGAAAAGAUACGUCCUGGACAGUUACUUGCCCCUAGCGAUAUGAAUUGCCAGGGACCAUUAGAAAUGGAGGCGUACGAAAAAUUUCAGAAAAGCGGUAAAGCUCUGCUUGCGAGAUCUUUGAUUGACCCUGGUGACGAUGUCAUGGUAAGGUUAAUGAACUUAUCUAGCAAUCCUCAGAUUGUUUACAAAAUCACGGUAGUGGGUACCACGUCGGCUGUUACACGUGUUGUGGAAAGUCAAGAUAAACUAGGCGUUACAGACUGCGAAGACAGCUGUAUUCCAGAUCACCUUAAAGAGCUGUACUCCGAGACCAUCAAAGAUUUGAAUUCUGAUGAAGCGGAGAAAACAAAGAAAAUACUUCUUCGUUUUCAGCAUUUAUUUUCUAAAUCAAAAGAUGACUUUGGGAGAACGUCUGUAAUCAAACAUAGAAUAUACACGGAAAAUGCAAAGACUACUAAACAACCUCCACGUAGGCUACCGCAUCAUGCAGCUGAUUUUGUUGACCAAGAGGUAGAGAAAAUGAUUGAGAAAUGA